AUGCAACUGAAUAUGGACUACAAUUUCUCCAAAUCCAAUGAAACUGUGAGUUUUCCAGAAGGUGCAAUGUCCAUGCUUUAUGCAAUUCUUUUAAUUUUACUGAUUUUGCUGAACUUCUCCUGCCAAUUUAAGUUUUUUAUUGGUUUCAUUUGUCUUCUCAUACUUAGUCUAGUGACUAACAUCCUUGCAGCUAAUGAUUUAUCAUAUUUUGUAUUCCCUUUCGCGUUGGCAGCUAUCACCAGCUAUACACUUUUUGUCAUAACUCAAGUUUUCCAUUUUCUGACGUUUCUUCUAGCAGCUGAGCGAGUAUUGGUUUACUUUUUCCGAUCAACCGAGGAGAAAAUAUCACUGUUUCAAAAUUUUUUGAAAAAUAGAAUACAAGUUUUGUAUCGCGCCUUUGUGGUUAGGGAUUUUGUAUUUGUGAUUUACACCGUGAAAUCUGAUUCGGAAAAUGUUUGGCAUUUCACGAACCAUACAGUUUUGUAUUCGAUAAUGUUUGUCUCCAUCGACAAUUUUAUUUUCAUCUCUGCCGUUUUCUAUAUUCCGAUUUACGUCAGUGUCCGAAAACUUGCAUACCUCGCAUCAGCUCAAGAAAACAAACCGCAAAGAUAUAUAUUUUGGAAGACUAUUACAGUACUCUUAUUCAAAUCAUUUUAUGUUCCUCUAGCAAUUUCACUAAUAUUUUUCAAUGGAGACUAUCUGGAAGCCUAUUUGAUAAUCAUUGCAUUUUUGAAUAUUCUUACAACUCCAUUGGUUAUUCAAAUUAGUUACUUGGGGAGCAACAGACGAACAUUGCAAAGUUUUAAGGAAACACUGCAGUUGAAACAGUCUUCAAGAUUAUGUUGUCGAACAACUGCGAGUUCAAGUGUUCAACCUGAAAAAUUCUGAAACAUUUUCUUAUUAUAUUGUUGCGCAACUGCAAAAUACUGAAAAUCUCCGCGCAAAAGAAUUUUUAAGAGUAGAUUUAAAAAAUUAAAGUUAUUAGAUACCACUUCCAAUAUUUGUAGAUUUUUUUUGCACUAAAAUUCUUCCAUUACACGUCGCUUGAAAAUAAUGCCAUACAUGAAUUUCUGGAAUGAUUCUGAAAAAUUUAAUUUCUAAAAUAGUUUAUCUGAAACAUUAUUUUUUUUGAAAAAAAAUCGAAACUAAAAUAGAAGUCAUUUUUUUUGUCAGUUAAUGAAUAUAAUUUUUCUGGUGGAUGUGUAUUCUGAUUGUAUUUUCUUCAAACGACUAGCUAUCACAUUAAAAUAAAAACAUAAACUGAGAAAAAUAAAUAAAUCGGUUUCAACGUCU